AUGAAUCACGAGGGCGUAGAAUCGUUGAAGAUACGCAUCAUUGGAGCAGGGAUUGGAGGGCUGACGACCGCCCUCUCACUUGCACAGUCUGGCUUCCAACACAUCCAAGUAUUCGAAAUGGCGGCUGACCUGGGAUUUGUCGGAGCGGGCAUUCAGCUCGCUCCCAAUAUAGCUCGUGUCCUUGACCGACUAGGGGUGUGGAAAGAGAUCGCGGAAGAAGCGGUCGCGUGCCGCGACACUUCCAUAUGA